GGGAAGGAUGGAGGGAAAAACCCAGACAGAAAAGCCAGCUGACUUCAGAAUUGUCCCUGGGGCCCACUGAGAGUCAGAGCUAGGGUGAGAAGGGGUCUUCCACCUGCUCAGGGCUCUGGAGAGAAAGGUACAUUACAGAUGUUCCCUAGGAGGCUUGGGAAGAACACCACCCUCCUCCCCAAGGCAGGGGGUCCUGCCCAGUUGCCUUGGUAGUGGCCACAUUGUGAGGUGGUUCUGGUGACAGGCAGUGGGGUUGGGUUGAGAGAUGACAGAGGUGGUGGGGGUGGUGGCAGUGUUCUGGGCUCUGCCGGCCCCAGCCCCUGCCAGAGACCUUCUACCACCCCCACCAUCAUGGGCAGUGCUUACCACUGGGAGGCCCGCCGCAAGCAGAUGGCUUUGGACCGGAGGAGGUGGCUGAUGGCCCAGCAAGAGCAGCAGCAACGGCAACAGCAGGAACUGAAGAAACUCCAAGAGGAAGAAUGCCAAUCAGAGAAAAAACCCCAGCCAUCCCAGGAGUCCCAGCAGGUGCCACGGCCAUCACUGGUGCUAUCACAGCCCCAACCCGCACAACCACAAUCGUCCCAGAGGAAGAAGCUGCUGGAGCAGCUGCUAGCGCAGGCGCAGCCACAGGUCUCACCGCUGCCACCACAGCCAACACCUCAGCCAAGCCAACAAAAUGCCCAAGAUCCUCUUACUCAGUACACCACCAAGCACAAUCUCCAAGAUUCCCAAAAACCUGGUCCCCAGCUUGGCUCAGGCUGCAAAGAAGGCUGCCAACUUCUGCAAAGGGUGGCUGAGAAGUUCUUCCAGGGCGAGGGUUUCAGGAAAUCAGACCAGUGUAGCCCAGAUAAAUACACCAAGUACCUGCGAUUCACGGUGAGACAGUGUGAAAGGCAGACAGACUGGCUGCCUGUCUGA